CGACAAAUCAUGGUCCGCAACUUCGCCCUCGCCGCCUUGGCCGUUGUCAUCGCCGCGCGUAUCAACAAACACAUGGAUGUCGUGGAACUCAUUGAACACCGCGCGGCUGUCGAAGACGUCCAAGCUGGUGUACCCGAAGAGUACUUUAGCACGCAAAAGCUCGACCACACUGACGCAUCCAACUCCAACGUGUGGAGCCAGCGCUUCUUCACCAACGACGAGUUCUACGGCGGGCCUGGCUCCCCCGUGUUUGUGUACAUCAGCGGCGAGUGGAUUGCUCGCAAUACGACCGUAACGUCCAAGGGGCUGCACAUGAACGUCCUCGCCAAGAAGCACAAGGCGCUGAUCGUACUCCUGGAGCAUCGUUUCUACGGCAAGUCGCAGCCGCUGCCUGAUUUCAAGGUGUCGUCUCUGCAGUACUUGACCGCCGAGCAAGCGCUGAAGGACUUGGUCAACUUUCAAGACCACUUGGCCGCCAAGCGCAACUUGACCAAAGACAGCAAGUGGAUCGCGUUCGGGGGUAGCUACCCAGGCAUGUUGGCGGCGUGGGCUAAGCUCCAGCACGGCAGUCGGUUUGCUGGUUCCGUGGCCAGUUCCGGCCCCAUCGACACCCAAACCAACUUUUACCAGUACGCCGACAAGGUCGAGUUUGGGCUCAACUUCGUCGGGGGCAAGGAAUGUGUUGACGCUGUGAGCGACUCCCUCAAGGCGUUCCACAAUGUCAUUGCCAGCACCAAGCCCGAAGACGUCGCGCAGCUGAACGCGCUCUUCAAGCCGUGCACACCCCUGGCGAACGACUGGGACCGCGCCGUCUUGGAAGCUUACGUAUUCUAUUCGUUCGAAGGGUUGUCGCAAGCCAACGACUACGCCGCGUACGGUCUCAAACAGGCCUGCGCAGACUUCACCAAGGUGGGCAAAACCCCGUUGCAAAAGGUGGCCGACUACUUCUACCUCCAAAUCGGAGACGCCACGUGUUACAAUUACGACUACCAAGACAACUUUCUCGACGCGUCCGUGACAAGCACGGAGGUCACGACCACGGGCACCAACCGACAAUGGACGUACCAAACGUGCUCGGAGUUUGGCUUUGGCCAAAACUCGGCCUCAGCCAAGGGCAUCUUUUCCGUACUGUCGUAUCUGGACGUGAACAAGGCGUUCUCGGAAGUGUGCCGUCAAGCUUUCAACAUCUCGGCCGCGCAAACCGACGCCGCCGUCGUUACCAACCGCCAAAAGUACGGCGCCCUCAAGAUCAACGUUGAGAACGUCGUGUUCCCUACCGGCAAUCUCGACGGCUGGGCCGCACUCGCUCCCAGCAACGCCACCGGAGUCGUCAAUCCCAAGUCGGAAGUGAUCGACGUCGUCGGAUUAUCGCAUUGUGGUGACAUGGGUGCCCCUGACGCGUCCGACAGCGUGCACUUGGCAUGGGCCCACGUCAAGGUGGAAGCUGCUGUGGACCGCUUCUUGCGCGACCAAUGUUAAAUGCUCUUGUCAUUUUUAUCAAAUAAUGCAAGCAACCAUCAUUGAUCUGUGUUUGCUGGGCAAUAACGUUUCAAAUCAAU